UCCAGGCCUGAUUCUGAAUGUACAAGAAUGUACGUUAAAUUAUGGGAGCUKACUGAGAAAGGGUGACCGGCGCAGAACUCUUGCCCUAGGACGAGAAGGAUCAGAAAAACGGCGUAUCUACUUGAUGUACUCACUCUCAUCGUCGAUGUGAACUUGAUUGGAGCAGCAAUGACUAAAAAGAAUGAUAUAGAGAUGAGUAUCAACCUGCCAAUCAUACCAAGAUGAAGGCAUCAUCUAAAGCAUGGCUACUGGUGUUGGUAGAGCUGUCUUUAUUUGUGGUCGAUCAUCAAGCCCCAGUUCUGUAUGUAUGGCAUAUGCCACCAGCGGAGGUGCAAAUUAURGGCAGAGUGGACGCACCAACGGCGAGUGUUGAGAAGGAUCUUUCACCCUGGAAAAGAAACGCGGUUUCUGAACCUAAAAGUCGACCUACCACCAGACCAAUCCGCUCCCUACCCCCCCAGAGUAGCCAACAUGAACAAACCAAAAACUUACUGCCACAACCCCAGAAAGAAAAAAACCCCAUACCACCCCAGCAAGAAAAAGACCACGUACCACCCCAGCAGGAAAAUAAACGUGACAUAAGCUUGGAGGAUAUAUUAAUAGAAGAAGACCAUAGAAGACUGAGGGGGGAUGGAAAAGUCAAAGGCAUUCGUAAAAAGAAAAUUCACCACAAGAAUUUAAAAGAUCAAGAUACAGGAUGGCCAAAUGGAACGUACGGACUACCGCGYGCUAACUCGGGCUGCCCAUCGAGUACAGGAUUCGAAUGGGAGACAGGCUUCCGUUUUCAAGACACCGAAGACGACUUCACAGAUAAUCAGAAGUCUGAUAGCUAUCAUCUCGCGGGAAAAGUCAGCGAUGAUGGRAUAAGACAGGAAUUUUGUAUGAAGACAAACCCGUAUGGAAAUAGAAAUUGGCCCGAAGGUAAAUAUUGUAUAUACAAGAAAGGAGCACAAUGCCCUAAAGGUCUAGAGUCUGGAUUCGUUAUCUGGGAUGAUGAAAAUAAGGACAACAAAGAUUCUGCUGAGGGGACCCUCCCUGAGGGACGUUUCAGUGAAGAUACCAAGAUCUUUUUCUGCUGYAGCGCAACAGGGGACUGGGACGACCCUAUUGUUCUACCUACAGACCGUCCAUUUUAUUUGUUUGCUUUCGAAUCAAACAAGUGUCAAAAGGUCGAAGGAAUGGAAGCCGUGUCUGAAUUCAUUAAGUUUGAUGACCAAGAUCGUGGUAAUACAGAUUACGAAGGUGGCUUUUAUCCUUAUGGAGUCAACAAAGGAUCCAAAGACCAUACAAUAUUCCUGUGUUAUUAUACACCCAUUGGAAAAGUAUGGGACAGCAUUGUGGAAAUAGCCCCAAUGCCAACUCUAGUAAAACCCAAGCAUAAAUCMACAAACUUCAAAACAAAGCAAAAAGGCAAGAAAAAGAAAAUUGAUAAACUUGAAGAAAUGGAGAAGCUUCGCAGCUCUGAGAAAAUGAUGGAUGCAUUUCUUGCUGCGACAUCUCAGCACAAUGAAGAAACAGACAAGAGUGAACGAACAAAGACUAUUAUCAAAACAAUAAGAGUCCCUGAGCGUGUCAAGGACAGUACGACCACAAUAAUAGCUACUACAAUGGGUGUAGUUCUAGGUGCCUUAAUUCUAGGGUCUGCAUUACUCAUCAUAAUAUCGCGACACAUUAGAAAGCGUCACGAGGCACGAAUAGAUUCAAUGGAAGAUCACGAUAUAACGUUCUCGAACUCUUCACGGAGAAGCAGCUUUGCUACGUCAGAUGAYGAGAUUGAACUAACUGAAGGUGACUACGAGGAUGAGCUGGUAGAGGACCAGUAUUUACCCUCUGACUCUGAACUGAAGUCUGGUUUAGAGCUGAUGUUCCUCAAACAACAGAGACAUUAUUGGACUAAAAAUAAGAAACCAUGACAUGGAAAGUGUAAAAUAUAAGACUGUUUACCAAGUAUCAGAAAGCGCGAUCUCUUGUUGGAAAACAGUUUCCAGAAAUUUGUCAUAGAGAAACUAUUUAUACAAGAUGAAUGGUCGCAAUGCACGAGUUUCAAUUUUGGAGAAUUAUGGGUGCAAUUCAUGGAAAAGCGCACCGUGGAUCUAAAAGGAUAGAUAUAUGGAGUGCUCAAUCAUUGGCCAAGUCAUUCAGAGAACAACUAUCCAAGAACAAAGGUCAAUACGGCAGGUGAAGAUAAAUGGUCAUAUUAAGGAUGUGUCGAGAUGGUCARCUUUAUUGGCAUGAAGGUCAGCAUGAGUUUUAACUGCGCCUUAAUGUGUUUAUCCAGGCAAUAGAAAGGCGCUGCUAAUGACGCAGCAAAGCUGAUAUAUAUACCAACGCUAUGGUCGUUUGCAAAUCAUUUUUUUAUCUUCUUGGAGGCGUCUUGUAUAAUAGACUGCGGCGUUGCGUUGUUAAUUUUAUGAUGGUAUGUAAGACCGGUUAUCAUAUGUCAGGACUGCCGACAAUACUCCGAUCAGUUAUCGAUCCAAUCAUGUUACUACGGUUUGUUAUUGAAUCGAUCGUACUUAUUCUUCUGUUUUCCUGAAGGCUUUCUAAUUGUAGGUUUCUGCCAAUCGGUUUGACUGGAUGGCAGCGAUCUAAUAUCGAUUGUUUUCUGUAGUUCAACUAUUAGUCGACGUUCAACUAUCGAUUAAUCUGUAACUUUUUUGAAAAUCCCAGACCAUUAAUCAUAACAAUGCAUUUCUAAAUACCAUAAAAACAACCCUUCAAGGACGGUGAACUGUGAAUUCUCUUGUCAUAACAGUUGUGACAAGGUGAAGUCUUUCCAUGAGAGCGGAUUUUAAACAAUACAUUUAUAUUAAAGAUUUGUAAAUAAACAAUGAAUUGCURGGGCUUGCAAUGCAUCCCCUUGAAUAAAGAGUUUUAUAACCAAUGAA